UGAGUCCUUAUCAUUCUCAUCCUAAGUGCAGAGUGUUGCCUUUAAUGCUCAAGUCGUGACACUUUUUGUCAAGCUUAACUCUUUUGUGUCGGACUGGAGAAGAUGGCGGAGGAAAACGAACACGAACUCCAAAAUAUCAAGGGGCUGGUGGAUGAGUUGUACAAUUAUAGAGAUUGUUACUUUGAGACUCACAGUGUGGAGGAGGCGGACCGGAAACAACAGGACGUCGCGCUCGAGUUGGAAAAGUUGCUGAAAAAGCUGCAGGAGAAAGAAGAAUGUUACAAGCACAAAGCGGAGUUCCUGCUGCAGAAGGGCCGGUGCCUCAACGUAGCUCCAGAUUUCAGCGCCGCCGCAGAGGAUUGCCUUUCCCGGGCUGUCAAGCUGGAGCCUGGCCUGGUGGAGGGCUGGAACAUUCUGGGGGAGCAGUACUGGAAAAAGGGAGACCUGAUGGCCGCCAAGAACUGCUUUACGGGAGCCUUGCAACAGAGCAAGAACAAGGUGUCUUUGCGCAACAUGUCCAUGGUUCUGAGGCAGCUCCCGGCGGCGGACGGCGACGCGCACAGCAAACAGGUCAUGGAAAGCGUGGAUAUGGGCCGCCAAGCUGUCCAAUUGGAUGUCUCCGACGGGACAUCCUGGUAUAUUUUGGGCAACGCCUAUGUCUCUCUGUUCUUCUCUUGUGGACAAAGGCCGCAGUUGUCCACGCAGGCUCUAAGUGCCUAUGCGCAGGCUGAACGAGUGGAUCGAGCUGCCGCUUGUUACCCAGAGCUGCACUUUAACCGAGCCACCCUGUUCCAGUACGAAGAAAUGUUUGGGUCGGCGCUUGGGGGCUACAGCCGGGCGGCCGCUUUGGACCCUGGCUGGCCGGAGCCUGCGGAGAAGGAAAAGCAGCUGAUGGAGUACCUUCACAACGUCACGGAACUCUGCCAGACAAAGGGAAAGGUAAAGGCGCGCCGUUUACGGAGCAUGCUGUCCAACCUGAGCACGUCGUCUCUGGGCCCGUGUUCCUCCCCUGAGUUCCGCUCAUGGACGGGCCGCGUGGGGAGCCUGGAGCCACGGCCGUCGUCCUCACUAACGCACGGCCUCAACGGCGCCGUGGCCGCCAUGGGCAAGGUGGUCUUCAGUCUGGCGUCCCGGGCUCGCAUGGCCUUUACGUUCGGCAUGAUUGAUAGCGAGGAGACUUGCGUGGUGGUGAUGGUGUACAACACGGCCGACAGCUGGGGGGUCCUCAUCGGAGACACGGUGGUGGUUCCCGAGCCGCAGGUCAAACGACACAGUAUCACGCACAAAGACACGUCGUUUGACUUCAAGAGCAUCCGCGUGGACUCGCCUUUGUUCCUCGUCGUCAACGGCAAGACUCAAAAUGCCCAGAGUCUCAUCGUCACUUCCGUCAGUUACAAGCCUCAAAGUGAAUGAGGACCAAAAGACACAAUUCGCUUAUCAUGUUUUGUACAUAAUGCCCGGCCGGCCAUCGUGCUACUUUUUUUUAUUAUUUAUUUGAGCGUAUGUUGUUGUCAAGGCAUCAACUAGUUGCAAAAUAAAGUUGAAUGUGCCAUGCUGCUAGAAGUGGUUGAACUGUUUGGAGGUUUAGUGGAUCAAAUCCAGUUUUGAGGUAUUACAUAAUAAACAUUGAGUUAGUCUUUGAAAACUGUCAAA